AUGGAGAUGUCUCUGAACAACUCUCCCUAUCAUCCUCCCCUGUCCUCUUCAUCAUCCCGGCAGUCCCUGCACAAAGAAAUACCCUCUCGGCCUGGCACUGCCGCUUCACGGCCAAGUGACCGAUACCCAAGAGGGCAACUGCCUGAGGGCCGUCCAUCAACAGACGAAACUCAUCAACUUCCAGGAACAAUUGAAUCACCUUGCCAAGACACAGUCCUGGAUGAAACUGAAGACCAUCUUGAGGAAGGCCAAGAACAAUCUCUCUCCCACCCCGCAUUCCAGCCGUUCUUCACCUUGAUCGAAGACGCCCAUACCUCAGACUACCACCACCCAACGGUUCACUACAUAUUCUCCGACGAUGAUACCGAUAUCGUGACAGAGGCAGCCCUGCGUAGCUUGGCUGCGCAGCAAGAUGUCCUUUCCGAUUCUAAGAAAGACCAGAUCGCGCAGACCAAAGCAUCCAAUCUUCAGGACGAGAUCAAAGACCCCUCCGACCCAGACCUAGCCAAGACCACCCUACUCCCACCGCCUAUUCCAGGAGUCCGGAAUAAUUAUGUCAUCCUCGAUGUAGAGCCUUCACCACAUGCACCUGGGGCAGCGCAAACCAGCCCGAUAACCGAACAGCUAGCACCAGGGAAAGGCGGGGGUGGCCCGAGGUCCAUAUCCUCGUCGCCGGCGAACGCUUCCCCACUCCCACAGGACCAGGGACAGCUACACCCGCAGUAUAGCGUUACCGCCGCUCAAAGCUUCUCAUCAACAUGGCAGGUCCUCAACACGGAAGUGGUGCCGGCGCCCACUUUUGAAAAUAGUAAUCCUGGCGAGUUACCAGGACAUGGGUUGAUGCUGAAGAUUCGUGGCACAGGUGGGCUGCCGAUUAAGGUGGGUGGCAAGGAGAAGGAGAGCACACUUGAGGAGAUGAUGGAUCAGUUUGCGAAGCGGAUGAGCGAGUUGCAGGUUGUUAUCGAUGCUGCAGAGGCUGCGGACUCGAAGGGAGAACACGACGAGGAAGAACUCGUGCAGCAUCCCUUCUCUCCGGACAAAGCCGAAGAGACUAUUAAGGGUGAGGGGGAUAGUGCGGCCUAUGCUGCAGAAGUUGGGGCGGACCAUUCUUGA